AAGCAGUUACACACGCGAUGGGGGGGGGAGAUGAGAUUCUUUUUUCUUCGUCUUCGUAAGGCAGAAUUAGGGAGAUGAGAGAGAGGGUAGAAUGUACGCCUCGUGCCGGCUUAUACGAAGGUGCAUUUGCCCGUAUCCAAUACCUAAUUCCCACCCCCCAAGCCCCCCCAAGCCCUUCUCGUCACAUCGCACCUCUCUUGGUAUCGCGUCUCUUCUCUAGGCAAAUUAACUAUUUCUCGUGCUACCGUGCUACCGUGCUACUGUAAAUCGCUGGUGCAAGUGCGACCCAGCGUGCACGGAUUGGAUUACCCAUUACUAUUACAGCGGGUGGGUGGUGCGCCUUCCUCUUUCACCCUCCCACCUCUACCCCGAAUCUCUCUCCUCUCCUCUCCUCCUCCUUCUCUCCAUCCCACAACAUUCCGACGACGACGAGAUAUUCUCCCCGGCAUCGUCGCCUGCGUCUCUCGUUUUUAUAUAUACUAAUACGCCAAUACACUCGUUUGUGGCUCGACACUCGUUAGCGCCUUGUUCGUUUUAUACGCCUUAAUUUUUGGAUUUCAGAGAGACAGAGGGAGAGAGGUGUAAAGAGAGAAGGACAAGGGAUAAGAAGAGGGAUUGAAUAAUACUUGCGAAAGCCCGACGACUAAGGCACGAAAACGCGAACACUACAUUUCGCGUCUGAAGCUGUUUGGGGGUUCACAUAUAUCUCAAGGGUCAAGGGUCUCCGUUUGCUGCUCGACGUGUCUGAGGACGGUCUUUUUGACGACGGAUAAAUUGGGCUGCUGCUUCGGAAUUCGAUUUUGCGAAGGACGAAGCGACACUUUUCUCGUACAUACAUAUAUACAACUAAUCGCCGCGGAACCAUACGACAUAAUACAUCAUGGUCCGCUCUUCACUCCUCCUGGCCGCCUUCGCGGCCAUCGCUACGGUACAUGCCGCGACGAAGUGCGAUCUGGAUAACCACUGCCCGGAAUCCCAGCCCUGCUGCUCCCAAUACGGCGACUGCGGCAAGGGCGCCUACUGCCUCGGCGGCUGCGACCCCCUCUCCUCCUUCGGCCUCGACUCGUGCGUGCCGGCGCCGGUGUGCCAGGACAAGACAUACACAUUCAAGGACAUGACCGGCAUCACCUCGAAAACGAAGUACCUUGGUGACCCGUCCAAGACGGACUGGGUGAUGGAUGGGAGCGCGGUGCCAUAUAAGAAUUCGCUGCUGCUGACGAUGGCGCCGAGUACGGUGGGCACGGUGCUGGCGACGUCGAGGUAUAUGUGGUAUGGGAAUGUGAAGGCGAAGUUUAAGACGGGGAGGGGGAAGGGGGUGGUGACGGCGUUUAUUCUGCUGUCGGAUGUUAAGGAUGAGAUUGACUAUGAGUAUGUUGGUGUUGAUCUCAAGACGGCGCAGACGAAUUAUUAUUACCAGGGUAUCACGAACUACAAAGAAGGAGGCAACAUCUCCCUCUCCGACACCUUCAACAACUACCACGAGUACGAGAUCCGCUGGACCCCCGACUCCAUCACCUGGCUCGUCGACGGCCAAGUCGGCCGCACCAAGCUCCGCAAGGACACCUGGAACGCAACCUCCAACCAAUGGGCCUUCCCCCAGACCCCCGCGCGUGUGCAAAUCUCCAUCUGGCCUGGCGGUCUCGCCUCCAACGCCCAAGGCACCAUCGACUGGGCCGGCGGCGUGAUCGACUGGUCCGGCCCGGACAUCCAGGCCAACGGGUACUACUACGCCCAAUUCGAGAGCGUGAGCGUCGAGUGCUUCAACGCCGACAACGCGCCCGGCACCAACAAGAAGACAUCGUACACCUACAACAACAAGGCCGGCACCAACGACACCGUCGUCGACGGCGACAAGCCCACGAUCCUCAAAUCCCUCCUCGGCACCGGCACAGACAUGAACGCCAACUACGCAGACUCGGGGAGCAGCAGCGCCGACCCGUCCGCCAGCUCGGGCGUGGCGGUCAUCCCAGGCCUGGAUGGCGCGGGACCGGGGACGGAUGGACAUCCGGAUGCGAGUGGAUCAACGACUUCGUCCGGGGAUGGGCAGGAUGGGUCGGGGACGGCGGCGGAUGCGGCGGAUAGCACGGAGACGGGGUUUAGUCAGGGACUGGAGACGAACCCGAGUGGCGCUGUUGCGGGGAAGACGUGGAGUGUCGUGGCGGCGGUGGUUGCUGGGGGGGUGGUUUUGGGGAUGGGGUUGCUGUGAGGGGAGAGUGAGAAAGAGGAUGGUAUACAUACAAUAUUUUUUUUUGUUGGGGGAGAGGGGAUGUGGGAGAGGGGGUGGGGGUCGGGGUUUGAAAAAUGAGGGGGGUAAUGACAGGAGCAGUUGUGGGGUUUUUUGAGAGUAUGCUAUAUGCAUUUUUGUUUAAUGCGUGCGUUGUUUGGGAUGGGGAUAGGGAUAGGAUAGGAUAGGAUGGGGUAAUAUUAGUAUUCUUUUUUUUCCCCCGUG